CGGCUCAGUCCGGCGGCGGCGGGCGCACGGAGGGGACGCGGCGGCGCGGGCAGCGGCAGCGGCGGCCGUCGGGGCGGCCGCGCCUCCGGGAGCGCCUCCCGCCGCCACCUCGGGGCCGGCCCCGCCAUGGGGCGGCCGCUGUGAGCGCGGCGGCGGCCGGGCUGCCCUCCCGCCCCGGCCGGGUCUCCCUCCAUUGUUCCCGGGAGCGGCGGGCACCGUGCCGCGCCGCCGUCCGCGGGGCUCCGCUCGGAGGGGCUGACGGCCCGGCGGAGACCCCCCCCGCGCCCGCCCGGGGCCAGCCCGGGGUCCCCAUGGAGUGGGAGUUGCGGAGCCCAGUUGCCAAGCAGUAGCCGCAGCAGUGGGAUGUUUACCUGGCGGUGCCUCAUCCUUUGGGCUGUGCUGGUCACAGCCACGCUCUCAGCUGCCAGGCCGGCCCCCACCCUGCCCGACCAAGUUCUGCCCAAAGCAAAAAUCGAAGUGGAGUCCUACUCGGCCCACCCCGGUGACCUCCUCCAGCUGCGCUGCCGGCUGAGGGAUGACGUCCAGAGCAUCAACUGGGUGCGCGACGGCGUCCAGCUGGCCGAGAACAACCGAACGCGCAUUACCGGGGAGGAGGUAGAGGUCAGGGACGCGGUGCCUGAGGACUCAGGGCUCUAUGCCUGCAUGACCAACAGCCCCUCGGGAAGUGAGACCACCUACUUCUCCGUGAACGUCUCAGACGCGCUCCCCUCUGCGGAGGAUGAUGAUGAUGAAGAUGAUUCCUCUUCGGAGGAGAAGGAGGCGGAUAACACCAAGCCAAACCAGGCUAUCGCUCCCUACUGGACCUAUCCCGAGAAGAUGGAGAAGAAGCUCCACGCUGUUCCUGCCGCCAAAACGGUGAAAUUCAAGUGUCCGUCGAGUGGGACGCCCAACCCCACGCUGCGCUGGCUGAAGAAUGGCAAGGAGUUCAAACCUGACCACCGCAUCGGGGGGUACAAGGUCCGCUACGCGACCUGGAGCAUCAUCAUGGACUCGGUGGUGCCAUCCGAUAAAGGCAACUACACGUGCAUCGUGGAGAACAAGUACGGGAGCAUCAACCACACCUACCAGCUGGAUGUCGUGGAGCGGUCCCCACACCGGCCCAUCCUGCAGGCAGGGCUGCCUGCCAACAAGACGGUGGCCCUGGGCAGCAACGUGGAGUUUGUCUGCAAGGUCUACAGUGACCCCCAGCCCCACAUCCAGUGGCUGAAGCACAUUGAGGUGAACGGCAGCAAGAUCGGCCCCGACAACCUGCCCUACGUGCAGAUCCUGAAGCACUCGGGGAUUAAUAGCUCUGAUGCGGAGGUGCUGACCCUGUAUAAUGUGACAGAGGCGGAGAGCGGGGAGUAUGUUUGUAAGGUUUCCAAUUAUAUUGGCGAGGCCAACCAGUCUGCGUGGCUCACUGUCACCAGACCUCUGGCGAAAGCCAUUGAAGACACCCCAGCCAUGAUGACAUCCCCCCUCUACCUGGAAAUCAUCAUUUACUGCAUUGGAGCCUUCCUCAUCUCCUGCAUGGUGGUGAUCAUCAUCGUCUACAAGAUGAAGAACACCACCAAGAAGACAGACUUCAACAGCCAGCUGGCCGUGCACAAGCUGGCCAAGAGCAUCCCCCUGCGCAGACAGGUAACAGUGUCGGCCGACUCCAGCUCCUCCAUGAACUCGGGCGUGAUGCUGGUCCGGCCCUCGCGGCUCUCCUCCAGCGGCACCCCCAUGCUGGCCGGCGUCUCCGAAUACGAGCUCCCUGAGGACCCGCGCUGGGAGCUGCCCCGGGACAGGCUGAUCCUGGGCAAGCCCCUGGGAGAAGGGUGCUUUGGGCAGGUGGUGCUGGCAGAAGCCAUUGGCCUCGACAAGGACAAGCCAAACCGCGUGACCAAGGUGGCAGUGAAGAUGCUCAAAUCCGACGCCACGGAGAAGGACUUGUCCGACCUCAUCUCUGAGAUGGAGAUGAUGAAGAUGAUCGGCAAGCACAAGAACAUCAUCAACCUGCUGGGAGCCUGCACGCAGGACGGACCCCUCUAUGUGAUCGUGGAAUACGCAAGCAAGGGCAACUUGCGAGAAUACCUGCAAGCCCGGCGGCCCCCCGGCAUGGAGUACUGCUACAACCCCACCCGUGUCCCCGAGGAGCAGCUCUCCUUCAAGGACCUGGUCUCCUGCGCCUACCAGGUGGCCCGGGGCAUGGAGUACCUGGCCUCCAAGAAGUGCAUCCACAGGGACCUGGCGGCCAGGAAUGUCCUGGUGACUGAGGAUAAUGUGAUGAAGAUCGCUGACUUUGGUCUGGCCCGCGACAUCCACCACAUAGAUUACUACAAGAAGACAACGAAUGGUCGCUUGCCAGUGAAGUGGAUGGCCCCAGAGGCUCUGUUCGACCGAAUAUACACUCAUCAGAGCGACGUGUGGUCCUUCGGCGUGCUGCUGUGGGAGAUCUUCACACUGGGCGGCUCACCCUACCCCGGCGUGCCGGUCGAGGAGCUCUUCAAGCUGCUGAAGGAAGGGCACAGGAUGGACAAACCCAGCAACUGCACCAACGAGCUGUACAUGAUGAUGCGGGACUGCUGGCACGCCGUUCCCUCCCAGAGACCCACCUUCAAGCAGCUGGUGGAAGACCUGGAUAGGAUCGUGGCCAUGACCUCCAACCAGGAGUACCUGGACCUCUCGAUGCCGCUGGAUCAGUAUUCUCCCGGCUUCCCAGACACCCGCAGCUCCACCUGCUCCUCGGGGGAGGACUCUGUGUUUUCUCACGACCCUCUUCCAGACGAGCCGUGCCUUCCCAAGUUCCCCCCUCAGCACACCAACGGCGGACUGAAGCGACACUGAGGGUGGCACUGCCAGCAGGGACUGCCAUGCCAUGCCACGCCAUGGCCAUGCCCGUGGGCUGCCGGCGGAUGCUGCCUGCGCAGCCCAGUGGUGCUGAGCUAUUGCAGAAAGGGUUCAGAGACACAGCCGUAGCAUCUCACGUAACCAAAACCUCCCAACUCUCAUGCCAGCUUCUCCUGCCACCUUAGUUGUGAGCUCUCUGCAGCCCGAAGGUUUUGUUCUGGUGGUUGGUUUUUUCUGGUGUUUCCUUUUCGUUUUAAAACCUCUUUUCCGUGAAGUCUGCUUGAAUAUUCCCGCCUGGUUAAGCCGAAAUUCUCUCCUGUGGGCAGCGCCUGGCCAGGGAGCCAGCCACCCAUCCUGGGACGGCACACCCUGGCAGGGCACGGAGAGCCGGGCUUGUCUGCGACUUGGAGAACUCACUAAGCCGAGAGCAGCACCGGGUUUCUGCGGCCGCAUGAGCUGGGGAGUGUCAGUGUCUGGAAGCCUCGUCGGCGCGGGGGUCCUGCCAAUGUGGGGGUCCUGCCGGUGCGAGGGUCCUGCCAGCGUGGGGGUCCUGCCACUGUGGGGGUCCUGCCGCCGCCGUGCUUGCUGCCCACCAUGCUCUGGGGCUGGUACCCCAGCUCCAGUGCCAGCACCAACGGGCUUUGCUGACCAAACCCACGGUACCUUGGAAGAGGGAGACACAGCGUAUACAUUGCUCAGCACUGAUAACAGAGGCAGCCAAAUACAACAGUGCUAAAAACAAAAGUCCUGUGUACAUAACUAAAAAUAUGUAUAAAUAUGAAUAUAUAUUUACAUGUCUUUUUAAAAGGGUUGUUACCAGAGAUAUACCAGUUUGGUAGUAAGGUACUAGUGGCUGGUAGAUAUCAGUUGCUAUAAAAAAAAAAAAGUUCAUAUAUUUUGCUACUUUUGCUGUUUUUAUUUUUUUAAAUUAUGUUCUAAACCUAUUUCAGUUUAGGUCCCUCAAUAAGAAUUGCUGCUGCUGCUUCAGUUUUAUAUGGGGUUGUAUUAAACAAUAAUAAUAUUGUGUCGAUGCCUUUUGGGAAUACGUUGUCAUUACGUGCCUGGCCUUUCCCUGGCCCCUGCGCCCCCGCGCCCCCUCCCAGGGCUCUGGCAGGGCUGGGGCUGGCCCGUGCCUGCCAGGCACCUGCGGCACCAUAUUGGUGCGUGGGGUGCCAGGGUGCCCUGUGUUUCAGGCAGUGCCAGAGAGGGGUCGGGAUGGUGGCUGGGGAGGGGGCUGCAGCCCCUGCCCCUGCAGUUGGCUCCCCUCUGGAGGGAGGGGGGAGGGGGGGGCUGGGGCCCCAGCUGGGGGAUGCGCUCCCUGCGCAGUACCCAUUGCCUGGGCGAUGCCUGCCAGUGCCUUACGGGCACCCGGAGCAUCCUGAGCUGGGGCACCGUGUCACCAGGCUCUGCCCACCCGUGCCCGCUGGGCUCUGUCCCAGAGGCGGUCACAGUGCCGGGGCAGCCCCUUGCCAGGGAAGGGGCCUCGUGCCCCCUCCCUCCCCAUCACUGGCGUUGAGACUCCAGAGCCAGGAUGCUAUUACUUGAAAAGUUUAUUUUGCCUUUGUAUGGAGAAAUAUUAUUUGUUGUAAACUCUUCUGUAAUGAAUCUGGAAUUCUUGUAAUUAUUAAAGACUUUAACCGAGA